UUCCGUAGCACAAACCUCUUCUCCCACUCUGUUUUGUGACUGUUACUAAGCUGACUCUUCUCACACUGAAUCCCACUUUCGCCACCAAUACGAGCUGAGAACAUCGAAUUAUGUGCUUGACAGCUUGACAUUGUUUGACCACAAGAGCUUAUGUGAUGGUGUUGACUCGAAGAUGACCUGCUGCUGCUACUUGAGUGUCUGACUCACUUAAAAUCAUCCACUUAAGCGGCUCAAGUUUGAAGUUGCACACAGGGUGACCAAUGCUUUCAGAUGAGCUUGACUCCAAACCAGAGCUGCUGGUGCAGUUUGUUCAGAACGCGUCCAUCCCGUUGGUUCAGGGUCUGGAGGACUCUGAGUCCAAACACUCAUGUUUGCCUCUACUGACUCCAGCUGACAACUCAUUGUGCAGCCCGCUGGAGCUCACAGAUGGAGGCCUGAGUCAUGAGCCUGAGAGGUCUCCUUCCUUGUCAGAGUUCGGAGGUGUGUCAGAGAGAAACCCCCUCGUGAUCCAGGCACACUCUCAUUCACGGGCCUCACCUAGCCCUCCGCACAUCCUCCAUGAUUUACAACAGUCAGACGGCACUUCCUACGUCCUGCUGAAUUUGGCAAAAGGCAUCACAGCCUCCUCAGAGUCCCUGAUCUUUGCCGCAGAUGGCACUGGGGAGGAUGACGAUGAGGGGGUCUCAUCGGGGGACUACGGGAUAGAUGGCAGUGCUCCCUGGUAUCUGCGAGUACAGGAGCUGGCACAUGACAGCCUGAUUGCUGCCACGAGGGCACAGCUUGUGAGAGAUGCCAAAGCCAGCCAGGACGCCAGAGCUUCAAGUGUCAGUAACGGUGACCACACACACGGAUUGACGACAGACGGGGACAAGCGGGAGCCCCUGCCUCCUCGGACCAACCGGCCCCUCUCCAAACAAAUCCUCCGCUGCUCGUUUGAGGGCUGCUGCAGGACGUUCACCUGGCCGGCUCAUCUCAAAUAUCACCUGAAAACACACAGGAAUGACCGAAUGUUCAGGUGCGGCGCGGAAGGCUGCGGGAAGAGUUUCUACGUGCUGCAGAGGCUGCAGGUUCACAUGAGGACGCACAAUGGCGAGAAGCCCUUCAUCUGCAAGGAGAAGAACUGUGGCAAAAAGUUCACCACCGCUGGAAACUUGAAGAACCACAGGCGCAUACACACAGGGGAGAAACCUUUUCUGUGUGAAGCAGAUGGCUGCGGGCGAUCCUUUGCAGAGUAUUCCAGUCUACGGAAACACAUGCUCGUACAUUCUGGUGAGAAGCCUCAUCACUGCGGAAUCUGUGGGAAGACGUUCUCUCAGUCCGGCAGCAGAAACGUCCACAUGAGGAAGAGACAUGGAGAGGAGGGACUCGGCAGUGACAGCAGAGAAACGGGAGAAGCUCUGACACAAAGCAGCUUGCUGGAGGCUGACGGUGAGAAUGGAGACGGUAUGGUCACCAUGACGACAACCGUGGAACCCUUGAAUCUCCAUCACGCUAUGUUAAGAUCGCCAGGCUCGGCAGACUCGGUGGUCGUCCUCUCUCAGCCACACGAGCUGGUGACCAUGACGACCGAAGGCCAUGCAUAUGGAGAAGACGUGGUGGCAUUGCUGUAGUCUGCAGUGACAAAUGUCAAACACUGCUGGACCUGUACCCAGUGGACUAAACCUCAACAUGCGUCUAUAAAUAGAUUAACCACUGAGUUUAACCCCUGUAGAUAUUUGUAAUUAGCAACCAAUGAUGCUUUUAUUUUGAAAAGUGUGCAGGGCAAAGGGCAAACGACCCUUUUUCCUCAAGUUUUUGAAAACAAAUACUCCCAAAGAGACACUGAGACGGGUUUUAAAAAGUUUAUGAUGAUAUAAAGACCAUGCAUUGUUCAGUGCAUACUGCAUAAUAAUUGUAAACAGAAGUCGGAGGUUGAAAUACACUGAGGCAAUGCCCCCCAUUAUCCUUAUUAGUAAUGAUAAAACAUUUGCCAUUAAAAAACUGCUGAAGCACAGUGUAUCAUAUUGUAAACACUGCUUUUGCACAGCACAACCAGCUAAGUUUAUGACCCUGAUAUCAAAGCUGCAUAAACUGAGUCUGUAACAUUUUUCACUCCAAAUGUCAACGUCUCAUUUAUAGCUCACUGUAAUAAUGAGAUGAAUUGGAUUUUAAAAGAAAUUAGCAAUUACCCCUGAGGUUGGUUCGGCCCAUAUGCAGCAGCAGCAGCAGCAGCAGCAGCAGCAGCAUGGGACUGUGAGAUAAGGUUUGUACCAUUAUAUGUUGUUUGUCACUUAGCAGCUGUUACUCAGUGGAUCUUCAGGUUGUAGAAGUGGUCAAACAUGGCGCCCAGUGCCCAGCUCGCCUCCACGUUGUUGACUUUCUUGGACAGCUACAAGAGAGGGGGACAAAGCCCAACACCAAAUCACUCAAAUGCCUUUUUUAUUUAUUGAAUAAUAAUAAUAAAAAAAAAAACGUUA